AGCAGAUCCAACGCACGACAGCAAACGAUUACCAUGGGCAAUGCGUUGAUCGGAUGCUGCACGAGCCCUGAUGACCAUGCUGACGACGGCAUGACCGGCCACAAGUCGCCGUUGCUGCAACGCAUGCACUCGUUCGACGACGAACAUGACUCGUGCUCUGGUUCGACUGCAUCGUUGUCGUCCAGCGCCAAAUCGUCCAUCCUCAGUCCUCGUCCCGCCUACGAAACCACCGGUAGCCGGCUGCUUCGUGACUUUUACCAGCAUGUCGUGGACACGGACCACAGCGAUUCGGAUGGCGAAGAAGAUUCGUUCCAUGGCGAGACGGUUCUCCCUGCAACAGCACCUUCCCCUCAACCUCGUCGACGCAGCUUGCUCCUCCAGCACACACAGACGAUGCGGCAUCUCAGCAGCGCAUCGGUGGAUCCAUUGAACAUGUAUAGCUCCCUCGGCCUCUUGCAUACCAACGACCCGCUAUUGUUGAGCACGGACGAUCGAGUGCUUCGGGCCAAGUCUGUCGACUCGCUGUUCCUCCCGCACCAAAUAAUCCACCACACCACCGGCAAACUCGCACCCCAUCACCGCGUACAUUACAUUCCGUUUGCAUACCGUGAAGAUGCGUUUUGAUUCACUAACUGUCCGUACGUACAUAUGUACGUAGGAUGGCCAUACAUACAAGCCAUUUUGGGCCGAUUCCAUCAAGCCAUCACCCGCCGGUCCCUCGACCGACGUGAAUCCUUCCACGACAGCCUCAUCAUCCACCACGUCCAUGGCGCCAUUGCCAGCCAGCUAACUCCAUUUCUCACCGCCAUAUAUACUGCCAUAUUGGGAUGGAAUACAAU